AUGUUUAAUUUUCAUAAGUACAUGAAUCGUGCACUUGAAGAAGACUUCAAGAAAGUUGUUGGUAUAAGUUGGUAUCUUUGGAUCUUUGUGGUCAUAUUUUUGUUGCUUAAUAUCCAUGGUUGGCAUGCAUAUUUCUGGAUUGCAUUCAUUCCUAUUAUUUAUCCAUUUCAACGUACUAAGCUCCAUCAUAUAUGCGCUGUAUACUUCGAAUGGCCUUCGGAGAGAACAGAUGGAUAUAUCCUUCCAUGUAUAGUCGAAAGGGAUUUACGACGAUUUGCCAAUUUGCGAUCAACUUCGUCUGAACUUGGGUUGAACCUUCCUUUACAUGAGGUAGCAUCCAGAUGUGGUGGCACGACAGUUUAUGUUGGCGAGCAGUUGGUCAUUGGACCGUGUGGGUCCGGCUACUAUUUGGGACAAGGGUCUGCAUUUGGGAGAAGCUGA